AAGUUGACGGAACCGCCAUCUUGAAAAGUGCCCUCGGAUGAUCUACCUUUUCGCGCCUAUCAGAAUCGGUUUUAAACGCUUUAUUUUCCUUACCGGAAUUUCGUGUUAUCUCGAUGUUCGUUUUGUUAAGGCCGGAGGCUAAUGGCAAGAUAAGCUACCUGCUGGAGAGUCGCCGUUUACCGUUUUCUGUCGGAACAAUCGACUUCAAACGUGGCGGGUGUGUUGCUGCAGACCCAAGUGCAGUGUCGCGUUUGGUGCAAUUUGAAGCGCAACAUGUUCAGAAUUAAUAAAUGUGAUAGAAAACAGCUCUGAGUGGAUCUCUGCAGGGAGCGCUCACUGGGGCACAGCGAAACUGCUCAUGCAGGCAAGGCUUAUGCUGCUCUGCAACAGCGAGACCGAGGUGUUUGCUGUUGAACUACUGUAUGUGUGCUGUUUAUCAGUCCGUCCAUCACCGCUGUCUGCCUGCCUGUCUGUUCUUCCGGCUAGCCUGGAAUGGGCCACAACUCCCAAAGACUAGAACACACUUCUUCAUAACCUGAGCUCUGCCGUCUGCACAACAUACUCACAGAAGUCACCAUGUUUUGGAAGUUUGACCUCCACACCACAUCCCACAUUGACACGCUAUUAGAGAAGGAGGAUGUGACGCUGACCGAGGUGAUGGAUGAGGACGAUGUCCUGCAGGAGUGCAAGGCCCAGAACCAUAAACUGGUUGACUUCCUGCUGAGACCACAGUGCAUGGAGGACCUGGUCACCUUCAUCACACAGGAACCCAAUACUGAUGUUGAGGAGAAGGUUAAAUACAAGUAUCCCAAUAUAUCAUGUGAACUGCUUACAUCAGAUGUCAGCCAGAUCAAUGACAGGCUAGGGGAAGAUGAAAAACUGCUGAUGAAACUGUACGGCUUCCUUCAGAAUGAGCCACCUCUCAACCCGCUCCUGGCCAGUUUCUUCUCCAAGGUCUUGUCCAUUCUUAUAGGACGCAAGCCUGAACAGAUAGUGGAUUUUCUGCGGAAGCAGGAGGACUUUGUAGACUUGAUGAUCAAACACAUCGGGACAUCUGCCAUCAUGGAUCUGCUGCUCAGAAUGCUCACCUGCAUUGAACCACAACAGCUACGACAGGAUGUUCUCAGCUGGCUGAAUGAGGAGAAAGUGAUUCAGAGACUGGUGGACAUGGUACAACCUUCUCAAGAUGAGGAUAGACACUCCAAUGCCUCCCAGUCACUGUGUGAGAUCAUCCGACUGAGCAGAGACCAGAUGUUCCAGGUCCAGGGCUGCUCGGAGCCUGACCCACUUCUGGCCACACUUGAAAAACAGGAAACGGUGGAGCAGCUGCUGUCAAAUAUCUUUGACAAGGAGAAGAAUGAAUCUGCAAUUGUCAGUGUUAUCCAGAUCCUCCUCACGUUGUUUGAGACAAGGAGACCAGCGUUUGAGGGUCAUAUGGAGUGCCCCCCUGGGAUGUCCCAUCCUUCAUUCUCCGUCAACCACAGCAUACUGGAGGCUGUGAGACCCCGACUCAAAGAUUUUCACCAGCUGCUACUGGAACCCCCAAAGAGGAAUGUGAUGAAGACAACGUGGGGGGUCCUGGACCCUCCUGUGGGCAACACCAGGCUCAAUGUGGUCAGACUUGUGGCCAGUCUGUUGCAGAGCAACACACACAGCAUAAACACAGAGCUCAUUAACCUCAACACACUGGGAGUCAUACUAGAUAUGUAUUUCAAAUACAUCUGGAACAACUUCCUCCACAUUCAGGUGGAGAUCUGCACAGCCAUGAUUCUGGCUAUGCCCCCUGCCCCUUCUGAGACCCAGCCAGACACAGAGCAAGAACAUGCAAGGGAGAGCAUUCUCAUCAAAAAUCUGUUUCAAAAGUGCCAGUUUAUACAGAGAAUCGUAGAUGCCUGGAGCUCCAAUGAGAAAGAACAGGCAGAAGGUGGUCGGCGACGAGGCUACAUGGGUCACCUCACCAGAAUAGCCAACUCUAUAGUUCAUAACUGUGACAAAGGCCCGAAUGGACCACAGAUACAACAGCUCAUUUCUGAGCUUCCCUCAGAGGACCGAGAGAAAUGGGAGGCCUUUAUUUCUGGGCAGCUGGCUGACACAAACAAGAGAAACACUGUUGACCUGGUGAAUACACACCACAUCCAUUCUUCCAGUGAUGAUGAGGUGGACUUUAAAGACAGUGGCUUUCACCAGGACUCUUCUCUACAGCAAGCCUUUUCUGAUUAUCAGAUGCAACAAAUGACGUCCAAUUUUAUUGAGCAGUUCGGCUUCAAUGACGAAGAGUUUGCUGAUCAGGACGAUGUUGUGGAUAUUCCAUUUGAUAGAAUAUCAGACAUCAAUUUUUCACUGAAUACAAAUGAAAGUGCGAAUAUAGCUUUGUUUGAGGCACGAUGUAAGGAGAAAAUUCAGCAGUUUGAAGAUGCUGGUUCAGAUGAGGAGGAUAUCUGGGAUGAGAAAGAUGUCACCUUCGCUCCAGAGGCACAGAGACGCACCAGGAGCUCAGGGAGCACAGACAGUGAAGAAAGCACAGACUCGGAGGAGGAGGAUGUGAAGCGGGAUCCAUUUGAAGCUUCCAACCCCACCACCGAUGACAGAAUGGAAGUCGACGCAGGUUGGUGUACCGAGUACUACAUAUCAACCCAAGGACAGAGCAAUAACAAAUGGACCCAAAGGCCAGUAUGGACGGCCAACUUUGAUGACAUCCCCAUGGACACAGGUACAUCCACAGCUCCGAGCUCCAGUCCCAACAACCCUGCUGCCUCCUCCCCCUUAUCCUCAUCCCCUUCCACAGAAGCUCUCCCCGAAGCAACAUGGAGCUCUUCUUCUGCUGCCACCUCCAACUCCGAAACAGGCUGGGCUGAUUUCUCCAACUUCACCCCUGUCAGCCCUAAAGACCCUCUGAGGUGCAACUCUCCUGUUGCUAUGGAAACCAGCAUAGAGACAAUAGACCCUCUGGGAGUCAAUGCACCCAUGCAGCCUGAAGACUGUGAUGGCUGGUUGGGCACCAGUGUGGCUUCUCUCUCCUCCACCUCACCUAAGGAUUGUGGGAGAUCAAAAGCAGAGGAAGAAAUGGCCUGUUGUGAGCAGCGCAGCAUCACUGAGACAGUCAUCAAUGGCUCCAUGAAAGAAACUGUCAGCCUCACUGUUGACGCCAAGACUGAGACCGCUGUCUUCAAGAGUGAUGAGGAGAAGAGUGCUUCUUCAGAGAAGUUCUCAGUAGUGGAGUGUGUGGAUUCGGAGAGAGCGGGCUUCAACAGCUCAGCGUUAGCCUGCUGUCCCAAAACAGGCAGUGAGAAGUGUCGGUCCACGGUGGAGCUUCUCAACGGCCCUCUAGAGGAAAUGUCAGCCAUAGAGGAGGCCAAACUGGACCAGAGUUCCGUGCCCUCAGAGCCAGCAGUAAAUGGGCCAGCAUGAGGGUUGCCAGUGCCAGCCAAUGGCCAGCCUGUUCUGCCAUGCAGGGCCCUCCUCCUGGCCAGCCAUCGGAGGCUACUGCUCAGAGCUGUACCAAUCACACGCCCCCACCAGGACCAGCAAUACUCCCAUCGGCUUAUCACUGACAGGCAAACAGAAGGGUGUACAGACACACGAUAAACUGAAAAGCAAAAUGAGAGACAUACUCAAAUGGAUACAGAAUAAUUUUUUUUCUGCAUUUGUUUAUAUACUAUUGUUCUUAUGAGGCGAUGUGCAACUGAUAUCUUGCCACUCAAAAUUAAAUAGUGAUGUUGCUAUAGUUAAAGAAAUGAUUGUAUGAAUAAAAUAUUUUAUAAAAGAAACAUGUAUACAGAAACAUAAGAUGAAUUAAGACAGAAACGGGAGUAGCUGAUUGGUGACCCAACCAACCACCAAACUUGUUACUGACUGGAUCUGUCUGACACAAUACAGCAGUUGCUAUAUUUAAAAUUCUCACCCACCAUCGGUCUGUCUCUGAGCGAAGCUGCUCCUAUGAAACGAAACACAUUUUAAAAACCAUACUUAAAGUUUUAUUUUCCUGCAGGUAUUAUUUGUAAAUGUUUUUCUCUUGUAUUCUUCAUCAAGUAAGAUUUAAUAAGCUUUUU